UUGGUGUUGUUCACAUCUGCAUUAUUGAUUGGUGCAGCGAUUAGGGCAGAUUCGGUCGAUCACUCCAGAACAAUCCAUGCUAAUGUAUCCGACAGGAUCAAAGUAGAAUCAGUUAUUGACUCGAUAGCUAGCGAAGUCACCAAGCGAAUAAUCUCACGAAAUAACGUGAUUAUAUAUAAUAUACCUGACAAGGUUGCCAUCAAAACUGUAAGAAACUCGAUACUAAAGGCAGCUAACCUCCAGGACAGUCCAUGCCAAUGUAUCCGACUUAACAAAAAGUAUCGAAAAUACUCAUGCCCUAUCCUGUUUAGAUUCGAUUCCCAUUUAUUAGUGGAACGUUUGAUAGAAUCUGAACAGCUAGUCUGUGAGCAUAUGAAGUUUAAAAACGCUCGUAUAGUCUCAGACAAAACCACCAAUCAAAGACUAACACAAAAGCGUACCAUGAACGAAAAUAACAUUGUUGAGGUCACAACAAAUGUGAUCGCGUCAGCAGCUGAACCCACUGGUGCAGCUAAUCUAUCUCAAUUUAUUCAGUGUACUGAUAUACCAAUGCAGUGUGUUAGUUUGCCUCUCAAACCCAUAGUGACCCUAGUUAACCAGGACAUAUCUGAUGUAGACUCUAAUGUCAUUCUUUCCAGUGUAAUAUCGGAAGCCAAGGAUCGUACACCUGAUUCUGUUGUGAAGGCUCAUAAAAACACUGCUAAACCUAAAAAGAAUAUAUCAAUUAAAAAGAAAGUAAAUAAAAAACCUUCUAGUUCUAAACCGAUUACCAAAAAUAUUUCAACGGCUUUACCAAACAAAAGUAUAAUUUCUGAAACUAUGCUUAACCCUACUCAUCGUAAGGGAGGUUAUAAGGACACGUUUCGUUCAAACGUUACACGAGACGGCCACUGCAAUCAUCAUGUAAGCAGGCCUAUUAUUAGACAGACGGCAAUAAACCAACGUGACGCAUGGUUUCCCCAAAUGUUAUAAAUAAUGAACCUGCAAGAUGUAACUCUUAUCAUCACUCUUGCAGUGGGGAAGAUGGUAUACUAGGUUAUGCACCAUCAACGCAACCCCAACACGCAGGCACCUGUUUCAAUUGUCCACCAAAACAAGUACAACCUUUCCAAAAUAAAGAUUUUUUUCGACCUCCAGAGAUCUUUUGUUCCACUAGCACUACAAUUCGCUCAUGCUAUAGCCCAUGCGAUCCGGCAAACACGUUAAAAAAUAGUCCAGGCAUAGCUAGAACUCAUCUCCUCGGCCAAUAAAUAUUAUUUCAGUUAUCUCUAGGAUUAUGGAAA